AAAAGAAAAAAAAAAUGUGCGCUGAUUGAAAUAAUUUUCCGUAUAGUUUUUCCGCCACAACACAAACCAAAGGGUUUUGCAUUUUCCCCUAAAUUUCUUUUUCCUUCUCUCUCCUAAAUUUCUUUUUCCUUCUCUCUCCUAAAUUUCUUGCCAAUUUCCAUGGCAGAUGAAGCUUCAACCAUAACUUCUACAUCAAAAAUGGCGGAAGAUCAACCAACGCCUAAUCAGUCUGAAACUACAAACGAGGGAACAAUUCAGUCGAAUGCGCAAGGAGAGCACUCUGAAUCAUCCCUCAAAAACCUUGAAUCUUCCGAAAUCUCUGCUGUAAAUGACCAUGAGAAGACUCUGGAGUUUGCUGAUGAGUUAAUGGAGAAAGGAAGCUUGACAUUUAAAGAAGGUGACUUUCCUGAUGCUGCUGAACUUUUUAGCCGUGCCCUAGAAAUCAGGGUUGCUCAUUAUGGUGAGCUUGCACCUGAAUGCAUUAAAUCAUACUAUAAAUUCGGCCUUGCAUUGUUGUACAAGGCACAGGAGGAGGCUGAUCCCUUGGGAUCUAUGCCAAAGAAAGAUGCUGAAUCCCAGGAAGGUUCUGCUAAGAUUGAAUCUUCAAAGAAACCUGUUGAGCGUGAAUCAUCCCUAGCUUCCAUUUCAAGUAAUGCUGAGCAAUGUGCAAGUUCAAGUCAACCUGCGAGUUCAAGUCAGCAGCAAGGCGCUGAUGAUGUUCCAAGCAAGGAUGAUGGAGAUGAAGAUGAGGAAAGUGAUACAGAUGAAGUUAAUGAAGCUGAGGAGGAUGAGUCUGACUUAGAUCUGGCGUGGAAAAUGCUUGAUCUUGCUAGAGCAAUUUCAGAAAAGCAGUCCAAGGAGACAAUGGACAUGGUUGAUAUCUUGUCGGCUCUUGCUGAAGUUUCCCUUGAAAGAGAGGAUAUCGAGACAUCUCUCAGUGAUUAUCAGAAAGCACUUGCCAUCUUGGAGACUUUGGUUGAACCUGAUAAUCGCUAUAUCGCUGAAUUAAACUUCCGCAUCUGCCUUUGUCUAGAGGUUGGCUCCAGGUCCCAAGAAGCUAUUCCGUAUUGUGAGAAGGCAAUAUCUGUAUGUAAAUCAAGGAUGCAGCGUUUAUUGGAUGAAUUGACAAGAACACCAGAUGCUUCUGAGGAUGCUGCCGCUGAUAAACAAGCAAAAAAAGCAGAGAUUGGAACAUUGAAGAGUCUCUCCAGUGACCUGGAGAAAAAGCUUGAAGAUCUGCAGCAACUGGUAUCCAACCCGACAUCUAUCCUAUCUGAUAUCCUGGGAUUGGCAGCUGCCAAAGCAAGGGCCAAUGAGCAGGCUUCUGCAUCUGCACCAGCAAGUUCUUCACGUGUUGGUGUUGCCACAAGCAAUGGAGAAUUUGAUUCCUCCACUGUAUCCAGUGCUCACACUAAUGGAGCUGCCAGCGGAGUCACACAUCUUGGUGUUGUGGGCAGGGGAGUAAAGCGUGUGAACAUGAAUUCUGUGAAUGUAGAAUCAGACUCCAGUAAAAGACCUGCCAUUGAUCCUAAACCUGAUACAGGUGAUAGCAGUGCUGCUUGAAGAAAAACAUCAGAAAUUCUAACAACCGGAUGUGAGACAUUUCUGAGCAUCUAGAUUCUGAUUGAGCAGCAUAAUAUUUCUCCUUUAUUCUUCUUGUACUAUUUUAUGCAUGUAUGACUUGGAUUGUACCAAGUAGUAGUCUGGCUUUGAUUCCUCAAAACGAUAUCCUUCUGAGUGAUAGUUAUGUAUGCUGUAGAAGCCUGCUGGGGCGCUUGUCCAUGGUUCAUCCUGCUUCCUCUUAUUGAUAGACACCGUCUCUUGUAGAGUUGUGAUCAUGGUUUACUAUUUUCAUAAUCAAAUCAGACCUAUCUUAGAUUCAUA